AUGAAUACGUCUUUUGGUCACACGGCCAACAGCUACGAUGACCCAGAAGGAGCCUUCCGUCGACGGAGACCGCGGCCGAUUACUGACUAUGGCUCAUCUAUGAUUCAGUGGGUGAGCAACCGAAAACCACCAUACAAAGGCAGCUAUCAUUAUGAACAAGAAAGACCAAGCCAAAGCUAUGUUAUCGACAUGUUGCCGCCUCCCGCGCGGAGAGACGCCCCAGCCGAGUCGAUCCCCGUUCGCCACCUUCACACCUCUCUGGGUAAAUCCAAAAAGCCCGUGACGGUGGUGCGGUGGAUGCCCGAAGGUCGUCGACUUCUUGCCGGUGUGCACAAUGGCGAGUUCAUGCUGUGGAAUGGCAUGUCAUUCAACUUUGAGACUGUUACUGCCAUGGGCUCUAGCUCCCUUCGGGCUGCAGAGUGGUCGAAUCGAAAGGACUGGCUCGUCGCCGCCAACGACGAAGGCACGGUGUAUUAUCUACAACCAACCCUGAACAACCCCCAUCAAUUCAAAGGCCACGACGCUCCGAUUAGAGAUCUGGCCUUUGCGCCCUCGGACGCGAAGUUUGUCACCGCGUCCGACGACAACACCCUCAAGAUCUGGGACUUUACUUCGUCCACCAACGAAUCGACGUUUACGGAGCAUGGGUGGGACGUCAAAGCCUGCGACUGGCACCCCACCAAGGGCCUUGUUGUGUCGGGAAGCAAAGACCACAGCGUGCGACUGUGGGAUCCGCGGACGUGCCGGAAUCUGACAACACUGCAUGGUCAUAAGAACGCCAUCACGGCCACUGUUUUCAGCCGCGUUCGCGACCAGUUGCUUGCGACGGCCGGCAGAGACGGUCUGACCCGUAUCUUUGACCUGCGCAUGAUGCGCGACGUUGCCAUCUUGCGAGGCCAUGACAAAGGCGUGACCACGUUAUCAUGGCACCCAAUCCACCCGAGCCUCAUCAGCACUGGCGGCGACGACGGCUCGCUGCACUCCUACUUGCUCACCGAACCGAACACGCCCGCCGGCAUCUCUUCUACGACAAUCUCGCCCUAUGCAUCGUCAGACCCGCGCUCCGCACCCGCACAGUCAAUCUACCCCGCCCACCGCAUUCCUCACGCACAUGAUUCUUCCAUCUGGUCGAUCGACUGGCACCCGCUCGGACACAUUCUCGCCACGGGCUCCAACGACCACUUUACGCGGUUCUGGUCCCGCGCCCAGCCCGGCCAGACAACCUGCUUUAAAGACCAAUUCCACCUGGGUGAAGAAGGGGCAGAAGCACAGGGCACGUGGGAUCGAAAGUUUGGGCGGAGACAGGCCAAGGAGCUGGAAGAGCAAGAAGAGCAAGACGAGGCCGAGGGGCUGGAGGAUCAGGCGAACCAGGGAGGACAAUCAACCGCUGCCGCUGGAGGGUUGUCGAUUCCCGGUUUGCCUGGUCUCCCUGGCCUCCCUGGGCUGGGGAUGAACGGGUCGACGACGAACCAACCGAUUACAGGCAUUGGCAAUGUUCCCCCGCCGGCACUCUCGCUCCUGUCAGGGCUGCAGCAUAACAACGCCGGUUCUGGCCAGGCAUACCCGACCGUCUCCCAGAUCCCACCGUUUCCGUCCGUACCCGGCAUGGACGCCGAAUCCCUCCAGCGUCUGCUCGCCUUGACCCAGCAGCAAUACCAGCAUCAGCAACAACAACCAGUCCAGCAACCGCCCGCCGGUCCACCACCGAUCGACUUCACGCAACUCGGCCUGCCGGCUGGUAGUUACCCUCCCCCGCCUCCCCCCGGCGGUGUUGGAGGUGGUGGCGGUAGCAGCCAAAUCCCCCCUCCUCUCAUAGGCGGCUCUGCUCCACCGGGCAUUAUUGGCAUUCCCGGCAUCGGUCUCGGAGGCGGAGGAGGCAUUCCAGGCCUGUCUGGUGGCAACGGUGUCGGCGGCGGUCCUUCCAACGGCCUCAACGCUGCCGCUGCUGCUGCUGCUAUUGCCGCUGCGAAUGACGCCGCCAGCAUGCGCCGCCGAGCACCUCUGCCCAGCCAGAGCGAGGGGUUCAAGGCCGAGCAAGCACGGGGCAAUUACCGCAUUGCGCGGUGA